GGCCGGCUGUCGGCGCGUGCGCGCAGUGCGGGCGGAGCGGGCAAGAUGGCGGAGGCCCCGGUGGAGGAGAGCGUGAGCCCGAUGCUGUUACCAGGCAGCACCGGCACGGUGGCGAGCGGCCUCCUCAGUCAGCUCCACGCCACCUCGUGGGACCCCACCCUCAGCACCGACUGGGACAACGAGAAGCCCUCGCAGCCCUGCCUGCUGCGGAUCAAGAGGGAUAUCAUGUCCAUUUACAAAGAGCCGCCCCCGGGGAUGUUUGUGGUGCCAGACCCACAAGAUAUGACCAAGAUCCAUGCACUAAUCACAGGACCUUUCGACACACCGUAUGAAGGGGGCUUUUUUCUUUUUCUCUUUCGCUGCCCUCCUGACUAUCCCAUCCACCCUCCGAGGGUCAAACUCGUGACAACUGGAAAUAACAGCGUGCGCUUUAACCCAAAUUUUUACAGAAACGGCAAAGUGUGCCUCAGCAUACUUGGCACCUGGACAGGUCCAGCAUGGAGCCCGGCCCAGAGCAUCUCUUCAGUACUCAUAUCCAUUCAGUCCCUGAUGACUGAGAACCCAUAUCACAAUGAGCCGGGUUUUGAACAGGAGAGACAUCCAGGAGACAGUAAAAACUACAAUGAAUGCAUCCGGCAUGAAUCUGUCAGGGUAGCUGUCUGUGAUAUGUUAGAUGGGAAAUGUCCUUGCCCAGAUGCACUAAGGAGUGUGAUGGAGAAAUCUUUCAUGGAGUUCUACGAUUUCUAUGAACUGUCUUGUAAGGAUCGACUUCAUCUACAGGGACAAACCAUGCAGGAUCCGUUUGGAGAGAGGCGCGGUCACUUUGAUUACCAGACCCUACUGAAUCGGCUGCAGAUCACCCGGCAACGAUUGAAAAAGAAAAACGAAGAGGAGGAGAUAGAGCCAGACUCUGACAGCAGCUCCUCAGGAAACGAGCAAGACAGCCAGGGCACCUCGAACCCCUAAGGGUACAGACUGUGGGACGGGCCGUGUCUGUGGUGGUGAGGAUCUAAGGGAAGCUGGGCACAAGCUCAGGUCCAGGGGCGAGACCCUUCGUGUGGUUUUGUAAAUAGACCAAAGGUCAGGGAUCUUUGUGGGCCACCUGUUUCACUUGGCUUUCGCUUUAUAAUGAUAGAGAGGAGAGAGAGAGAGAGAGAGAGAGAGAGAGUGAAGGGGAGAAUUGGCUUGGGUCAGAAUCAUAUAUGAUAAUAUUUUUUUUUUUAAGAUUUUAGCUCUCCAAUCCAUACUCCUCAAUGGCAGGGCCCUGCUUUCAUUGUAAAGUGUUGCUCCAAUGCCCAGAUUACCCAACAAUGUCACCCUUGUGCUUCAUCCCGACCAAUACAACCAGCAGACAGACGUUUUGUGUGUUUUACAUAAGUGACAUUCACAUGCAAAGCAGUUUGUGGUGGUGACUUCCUCUGGGCUGUUGUUGUUCCAAGUAUUUAUGGCUUCAGGAUUUGCAUCUUCAGUCAGUUUUUUGCAGCUUCACCAGGUGGGGCGAGAGAGCCUGGGGCUAACGUGUUCCCGCACAACCUACAGAAUUAAUCCACUCCAUUUACAGAGAAUCUUCCUUCAGUCUUUUUCAAAGGCCCUUUGAUCUUGCUAACAGAUAAACACAAACAAAGGCAGCAAAAUACAGUUUACUGAAAGGCCACUUUUACAGGCAUUUCUAUUAAUGACAUUCGAUUGUCCACUAAAGUAAGUAUUUACAGUAAUCCCACAUUUUUUACUUCAUUUCAGUUUUGUUUUGUUUCCAUGAGGCUGCACUGGUGACAAGUAGCUCCUUAUGGUCCCUCCCCUAACCAAUCAAUAACGUAAAUCGAUACGAUUCAAAUUGUCUUAUCAAACUACCCAAAGGCAUGUAUUUUUUUUAAAGGGAAUUUGUGGUACGUGACUAACCACGCAUUGUGAAAUAUUUAGUCUAAUGUUCAUGGUAGUUUGACAGCUUUAUUCCUGACCCUUUUCCACAUAUCGAGAUUUUAAGUAUUAAAAACUGUGAAUUUAUCACAGUCUGGCUUCAAGUCUCACAUGUUGUGUAAUAAUGUUAACUCUACUGGGUGCCUGCAAAUUGUCUUGUGGAGUAACUGGUUGAGCAGUCAGUUACCCAGGUCGAGGAGAAAGAUUGUUUGAAGUGUGUGCUGGAAAAUCGAACUAGAAUCCAAAAAAAGCCCCACGGUUAACAGUUGUAACAACCUGUUGAAGAAGCACUAUUGCCUGCUUGUUCCUUUUAUUGUCUUUAAAAGGCUGGUGAUCUGUUAGGUUUCUGCAGACCAUAUCUGGAGAUGAUGUGCGAUCAUAGCUAAUUAAUUUCUUAUGCAUUAAUGUACAGUUGGGCUGGCUUAAAACUGGAGAUAAAUAUAAAUCUUUAUUCAAAGUUUCUCCUACAUACUAUGCUACUGAAGUCCCGUCUCCACGCCCUGGAUUCUUUGCGUUCCCAUCAUAACUUUGUCAUUCUCCGAUGCAAGUUCAAAUCCAAUCUAGGAGACUAGACUGUUAAAUCCUUCCUCAAUCCACAAUGUCCCUUCUGGUUCAAAGUAGCUUUCACCUUAGUUGAGUUCUGGUGUCUAUUUCGGAUUUGUUGCUCAGGUGAAUUAACUAACUAGGUGCGAGCAAGACAGAACAUUUGUAAAACAUCAACCCUGACAGGCCAAUGGCUGUAAAAUUCCUGGGGUUCGAGUAUCCUGUCCUCCUGGUUUUGUACUCUGUGACCAACAACAAGUAG